GGGCGCACGGGCGGGCGAGCAGCUGACAGCAUCGUCACGGCGGCGCGAGGGAGCGCCCCGCCUGCCUGCGGGAGGAGCCCGCAUCCUCACAGCCUGCGCUGCCCUGUCCUAUGCGAGGCGAGCUCGGAAGAAGCCCAGAGCAGAGUUGUGUUCAUCCUCAGGUGCUUCCUAGUUGCUCGUUGGAGCCCUCAAGCAACAUGCCAGAGCAGAGCAACGAUUACCGGGUGGCCGUGUUCGGCGCAGGUGGUGUUGGCAAGAGCUCUCUGGUCUUGCGGUUUGUGAAAGGUACAUUCCGGGAGAGCUACAUCCCCACUGUGGAAGACACCUACCGGCAGGUCAUCAGCUGUGACAAGAGCAUCUGCACCCUGCAGAUCACGGACACCACAGGCAGCCACCAGUUCCCUGCCAUGCAGCGGCUGUCCAUCUCCAAAGGGCAUGCCUUCAUUCUGGUCUACUCUAUCACCAGCCGGCAGUCCUUAGAGGAGCUCAAACCCAUCUAUGAACAAAUCUGUGAGAUCAAAGGGGAUGUGGAGAGCAUCCCCAUCAUGCUUGUGGGGAACAAGUGUGACGAGAGCCCGAACCGCGAGGUGGAGAGCAGUGAGGCCGAGGUGCUGGCCCGCAAGUGGAAGUGCGCCUUCAUGGAGACCUCGGCUAAGCUCAACCACAAUGUGAAGGAGCUCUUCCAGGAGCUGCUCAACCUGGAGAAGCGCAGGACCGUGAGCCUCCAGAUCGAUGGGAAAAAGAGCAAGCAGCAGAAGAGGAAAGAAAAGCUCAAGGGCAAGUGCGUGAUCAUGUGAACUCCCUCCCGUGGGAGCAGCAAUUGUGUGUCUCCCUCUCCUCCCCUCCCCCUCCACGUGAAACCCACAGUCGUCAGGGUAGCAUGUCAGAUGCCCACGUGUUAAAUAUUGCAUUUUGACCGAGAUGUGCGCUGUUGUCCUCAGAGGGCAUUUUACACUACCACCAAUAAGCACCCCCUCUCCAGAAUCAGGGAAUCUGACAAAUGCUUAAAAUGAAAACUAACAUGCUCAGCAUCGCAGGGAACCGGAUGGGGUGCCAGACAUUUCUGGAGGCAUCGUUCACCAUCAGGAGGCAUGAGGGCUUGUGCCCUCGGAAGCAGCGUGUGCCGAUAGGGGGAAAUACUAUCUGCAUACAUAUGAGAGCAUGUUAACCCAGAACUGCAAGCACCACCCCCAGACCAGGCAUCCCCUCUGCUCAGAAGCCAGUGACAACCCUUGGGGAGGGGAGGGGUGGGAAGAGGUGAGAAGACCAGGCCAAAGUUGUUCGGUCCCAUGGUUCUUUUACUGAAUUAAAAUAACACAGCCUCUCUACCCGCCAGAGGAUGUUCACUGUCAGUUCCCAGCUGACCUGUGAGCCUUGCCACUCUGAGGGGAGGUCCUCACCUCACUAAGUCUAGUUAUUAGCAGGUAUCGUUUUAGCCUUUUAGGGUAUUUCUUUUCACAUACAAUGAUGAAUUCACUAAGAGUGUGCCGCUCUGUCAGAAAUUCUUCAAUUUCCGUUUAAAAUGUUUGCGUAAGGAUAUUGUGGACAAUACUAAAACAUUGCAAUAACGCUCCUGUGUGUUAUAUUGUGAGAGUUUUAGAAAUGUGAAGUUUCCUUCCUUUGACCCAUGAGGGGUAUAACUCUUCCAGCCCUCAGAUUUUAAAUAAAAGCAAUUAAAGUAGCUAUUUUUUAGACAUUUUUGUCCUCCAACAUGAUUUUCUUCUUUUCAGUAACUCGAUCUGUAUCCAACUGGGUAACAGCCAACAAAGGUCAUCCGAAGACCAAAAGCCACAUCCAUUUUCUAACAGACACGGACAUGUCUGUGCCAUACUUUGCAUCUUAAUGAAAUACGUUGAAACAAAGGUUGUUCACUGUGUUUUUGAUGAUUAUCUAUAACGAGUAUAUUCCUGGGAAAUGCAUUCAAGUAAUAGAUUGUCGUGCAUGUUCCAUUAGAAAUGUCUUCUAAGAGCUGUUCAAUGCAGGGUUCACUCUGGAAAUGAUUAUCUUUUCCUCCUAAUGAUCUCGUGUGCAUCCUCAAUCCUUCAAACCAAAUUACGGCCACUGCUGGUUCCUGCAUGCUAGGUGGAAAUGGGUCCGGCAGGCUCUGUCACAGGCCGGGCAUAGCCCACUCAGCUUAUUCUUCUGCCGUCCUCAAGGCUGCUUUGGCUCUGCUUCCUGAAAAUUCCCACUGACAGAGCCUGUAAGUUCUCCUGUUUGUUCCAGUCUGCAUCCCACUCGGGCCUCCUCUGGAAUUUUCCCUUUCAGCACACCUUCCUGUUGCCUGCCUGGCAGGCAGAGAGAGUGAUGCCCUCAGGAUCAUGUAAGGGGAGAUUCUCGGCUUCUGGGCAGCAGCGCCCAGCUGGGGCAGGAUGGUCAAGUUCGGACGUUUGCGCAUACCCUUCUCUCCUGCACUUGCUGUGUCUUUCCUGUGCCUCCUGCUACAGCAACUAUUGGGCAGUUCUGUGCUCUCAACAGAUCCUAAAUUAACCUUUUUCUGGUUAAAUUUUCUUGCCUUCAUCUCAUCCCCUCUCCUCUGCUAAUAACUCGUCCUUGUGAUGUAUUUAGUGUGUGGGAGGUACUCUGAGAACCAUUGGCUCCAUGGUCAGCCCACCUCUCUGGCCUCCUAGAACAGAACUUGGACAGGGAGGGUAGAGAAGUGGCCUGGGUGCCACCAAAUCCCUCUCCAAGUCCCAAUGGACACACCUUCUGAUGGGCUCCUUCUGUUCCAAGUGGCUGUUCCACAGCCUUCACAGUGAGAUCUCAUUGGUGUGUUUUCUAGAACAUUUGCUUUUCAACUUGUCCCUACCUUUUUUUUUUCUAUUUCUAUUCUCAGAGAGAUGUCAUCCAUUUGUAGUCUGGAUAUGGGUUAAGUGGAAGAAGAAACAGGACUUCAGGGCCAAAAUGAACUUUAGAGAUCUUGGGUGGGUUAAACUAAUGGUAAAAUGUGAUGUCUGCCACAGGCUGUUAUGUCCGUAAGGCUCCCAGUGUGUGGGUUCCCUGUCACUGCCCCAUUCUUCCUAAUCCAAGUUAGAAAUUCAUUUAGCCCUCUCAAGGCAGUGUCUACAUUUUUAAGUGUUUACAGCUUGAUCAAUAUGAGAAGCUUGUAAUUAUUGAAAAUCUGAUCUCAUUCAGGACACAUUUUCUUCCUUUGUAUUUUGCCUGUGAGUUUACUGGAAGGCCAUUGAUGCUUCAAUCAUGGGUCUUUAUUCUGAGAUCAUUUUUUAUGAACUGCACUGGGGAUAUAGAUGAUUAUCUCAAAAUAAUAUUUUCGGAGCUCCCCAAUGGACAUUCAGGGCUCGAGGAGUUAGUCCCACUGAACCAGAUGUUUUUAGCAUUUAUGUGGGCCAGUUCCCGAAUAAGUAGUUGUGGUUCUUGAGGACACGUCCUGCAUUGCAGAUGGACACAGAAGAUUUUGACCUUGCCACAGUAAGUUACAAAACUCAAAAUAUUGCUUUGAAGAUGGCACUCCGGGAAUAAGCUUGGGGCUCCAUGGGUCCCGUUCUGUCCCUGCCAAUCCCUCUUCCAUCUGGUGACAAGCCAUGGGCGUGCCCUGGGCAUGCAUGCAAUACAGCAAGACCAACACAAGAGCAAUAUUGAAUUGUUCAUUAGAUCUAAAAUUAUAUAUAUAUAAAAUAUAUAUAAUUUAUCUUCCUGCAUUUUGAAGUAUAAAGUAGUACAUUGUACAUAUCUGUAAGCUAGUAUAUUUGUUUCACCAUUUGUAAUAUUUAAGAAAUGCUCUCUUUAUAGAAGUAUUAAAUAUCCCCCAAAAAUGCUCUGUGAUACUUAAUUUUUUUUUCAAAAUUUGUAAUGUGUUGCUCCUACAUAAGCUCUCUGGAAAUGUCCAUAACUAAUGGGACACAUGUAAACCCUCAAAGAUCCAUCCUGGAAUUCAGUGCCCCACAAAGACAGUGUGUGGACAGAACAUUUACAGAGCAUGACUUUUAUACAUGUGGGAUAGCAAUGUGUAUAUUUAUAUUUAAGGUGUAUUUACUGUUACAAUUCCAUUAUCUAUUUUAUUUACAGUUGUAAAAAUCAUUCUUGCAUACAAGUUUCUAGUUGCCAGUGAUAUUCUGAAAAUAAGAAUAUUAAAAUAAAGCUUCGGUUCUGACA